AUGAAUCUCAAGAUCAUCAACACUGUGGAAGAAGAUGCUGGAACAUAUUUCUGUGUGAAAGUGAAGGAUCAGGUUGUGGAGUUUGGAUCUGGGACGCUUCUGCUCUUUUCUGGUGAAACGUCUCGGAAGCGUAAUCUCACUGAAAUAAAGGUGAAGACUGGAGAGUCAGUUACACUCCAGUGUUCAGUACUAAUGGCUACUUUAAGCUGUUCAGGAGAUCACAGUGUGUACUGGUUCAGACCCGACUCAGGAGAACCUCUUCCAGGAAUCAUCUUCACUCAUGGAGACUCCAGCAGUCCGUGUACGAGGAGUUCUGAGACUGUUUCUCCUACACAGAGCUGUAUCUACAAACUCCCCAAGAACAACCUCAGCCUCUCUGAUGCUGGAACUUACUACUGUGCUGUAGCUGCAUGUGGAGAGAUACUGUACGGGACUGGAACAAAACUCCAUGUUAAAGACAAUGGAAUCUGGAUUGUCACUGCCUUGAUGAUGACGGCACUGAGUGUGGUAUCUUGUUUUGUGAUCAUGGUUCUGGUUGUUCUGCUCAUUAAUAAGCAGGAAAAAGGUUUUCAUCAUCCAAGUCACACGAAACAGCCCUACGCGUUAGACCAUAUGGGAGGAUCUGUAGAAGAAGAGCACGAUGACGAGAAUCUAAAAAGGUACCGAACAAUGGAGAGCAUUCCUGAACCAGUCGCUCAAGGAGCGCUCAAGGAUCAAAUCCCCUGA